GUUGCAGUUGUAAACGUAACUGUAGCGACAGUUUAUUUUUAAACUUUGUUUCGUUUGGAAGUGUUUAACUGAACGUGAAUCGCGCAUAUUUUGAGUGCGAUUUACUGAAAAAUUGGGGCGCCAAACUAUUAGAAAAAGGAGGAGUGAUAUAUAUAAAGAACAAAAAAAUUGUAAAAACAAGCAAAUUAUUUAAAAGGAAAUUAAUAUUUAUUUUUUCCAAAGUAACAAAAAAUCAAAUAAGCAAACAGUUGAAAAAUAAAACAAUUCGUGAUAAAGAAUUGUACAUCAGUAUUAUAAAAAAUCAGAAAAUCAAAAUAAGAAAAUAAAAUAAAAACAAACAUAUUUCAAGUGUGUAGCCCAAAGUACUAAAGCAAACACAGAAAUUAUUCAAAAAAUUAAUAAUAAAGUGCAUAACCAACAGUAUUUAAACUCGUUUCUGACCAAACUCAAGUGCAUUGCAAGCGAUUUUGCGUAAAGUAAACAAAGUGUUGUGUUGUAUUUUGAAGACAAAAUAUAAACAGUUGCAAAUAAAUUGUUUCAAAACAAAAGCAGUGGUGUAAAAAGCAAAUCUAAAGUGUUAUUAAAAAUUAUACGGAGUGCAAUUUGCAAUAAGAAAAAAUAAAAUUAUAUUGUUAGGAAGAUACCAAGCAAAUACUUACGAUUCCCAACUUCAUUAAAAGUAGCAAAUGUUACAUAAAUAUUUUGACAAAAAAUUUUCUGCAAAUGGCAGUGUAUAUUCUUCAAAGUUUUUAAUUGCUUUGAAGUGAAUUUUAUUUUUUAUUCAUACAUAUAUUUUUGGAAUUGUGGUACAUUUGUAUUACAAAUGAAAACUGCCUCCCCAAUGAAAUGUAAAAGCUGGUCAAAUAAAAUCAACAAUUUUGUUGUGCGUCGCCUGAAGUCAAUAAAGGUUAACGGUCAACAACAGCAACAGAUCCUGUCGCCGUGCAGCACGAUGCCAGCGAUGCCAAAAGAGAAGGCUACCGCAGUAUCGUUGAAUGAGAAUAAUUUUACCGAAUUGAAAUUGAAAGAAUUGACAUUAAAUCCAAACGCCAACGCCAUUGCCACCAACACUAACAGCAUCAACAGCAAUAGCAAUACAGCAGCAACAGCAACAAUGGCCACUACAGCUACAAGUCGUAUACAAACACCUACACAUCAUCUUCCUACUGCUGCUAGCGUGCAGUCAAUAACAGCUGUUACAACAGUAGCAGCAGCAACAACAACAGCACAGCCGCAUUGGGCGCAACGUCAAACACAGCAACAACAACACCUACAACAAUACACACAGUCACGCAACAGCCUCUGCGGCUGCGGCAAUGUAUCGGUGGUGAUACCAGAAACGGUGGGCAGCUUGAAUCAUAGCAGCAGUAGAUACUUGACAAAUGGACACUCAUCACCUUUAGCCGCCGCUGUGGCCGCAAAUGGUGUUGAUUCAUCAUCGCCGGAUCAUACGCCAACGUGUUGUCGCCAUCAGCAACAACAACAGGCAGAACAAGACAAAGAACAGCAGCAACAACAGCAACAACAACAAUACCUACUAUAUAACGGCUAUAAUGGCACAACGCAAACAGUUGGCAUAGCCAACGCACCCACAACUAACAACACCACAAACACCAGCGCCGCCAUCAAUAUUACCUCAGCUGCAACGCUCUCGGCAAAUGCCGCUGCUGCUGCUGGUGCCUCUGCCUCUGGCUCGUCGCCCACAAUUGUCGCCGUUACGCCGCCAAAGAAAACGCCGAAUGAUUAUAUUUUUGGCAAAUAUAUUGGCGAAGGUAGCUUUAGUAAUGUAUACCUCGCUGUGGAUGUAAAUACGAAGCGUGAAUAUGCAAUUAAAGUAUGCGAGAAGCGUCACAUCAUACGCGAGGACAAACAGGAGUAUGUGCGACGUGAACGCGAGGCACUACACAUGAUGACCAAUGUACCCGGUUUUGUGAAUUUAUCGUGCACCUUCCAGGAUCGUCGCUCCCUCUACUUUGUAAUGACCUAUGCCAAAAAUGGUGAUCUUUUGCCGUACAUCAAUAAAGUGGGUUCCUUCGAUGUGGAUUGUACACGUCACUAUGUCGCCGAAUUAGUAUUAGCUUGUGAGGAAAUGCAUUCACGGAAUGUGGUGCAUCGUGACCUGAAGCCAGAGAAUAUCCUCUUGGAUGAAGAUAUGCAUACGUUGAUUGCUGAUUUUGGUUCGGCGAAAAUAUUCACCGCCGAAGAUCGUGUUAAUUUCCGUAUCGCCUUUGCUAAUUGCACAACAAUGUCGAAUACACGUCUACAACGUAAUUCGAAUAAUCGCAGCGAUGAAGAUGAUGAUGAUAAUGACACCAAUGAGGAUACCAAUGAUACGGGUAGUGAUGAGGAUCAUCAACAACAACAGCGUACGAAUAGUAGUCGACAUGGACGUUUCUUCUAUCGUCGUCGACGUGGUAGUUUUGUUGGCACAGCGCAAUAUGUCUCACCGGAAGUGCUAUUAAAUGGUCUCGUCACCCCAGCUGCCGAUCUCUGGGCACUCGGUUGCAUCGUAUAUCAAAUGAUAUCCGGCUUACCACCCUUCCGUGGCAGCAAUGACUACUCCAUAUUUAGGGAUAUUGUAUCCUGUAAUAUAGACUUUCCGCAGGGCUUCGAUAAAGAUGCUGAAGAUCUAGUCAGACGUUUGUUGAAAGUACAACCCGAGGAACGUUUGGGUGCCAACGAUUUGGGUGCUACCUAUGAGAGUAUACGUAUGCAUCCGUUCUUUAAUGGCAUCGAUUUCGCCACAUUGCGUCAACAAACACCGCCGCCAAUCUAUCCGUACUUGCCGGGCGUGUCGAAGGAUGAAAAUUUCAGUUCACAUUAUUUUAUGUCGCAAAAUCUGGAACCCGGUUUGGGUGAUAAGCAGCUGACACGUUUGCUCGGCAUGGAAUUGGGCACAUCGCUUGGCAGUGACGAUGAUGAGUGCAGCCGGCCAAAUGGUAGAGAGAUUGAGAAAAAGACUGUAAGAAAAAAUAUUUAUGACCUUUCCGAGUGCGAGAAACAAGUACGUCUGGAACAACAAAAGUCUGAUAAAUGGCAUGUCUUCGCCGAUAAUGAGGUUAUAUUGAAGAAGGGCUAUAUAAAUAAGCGUAAAGGUUUAUUUGCACGCAAACGUAUGUUGCUAUUGACGACAGGACCACGCUUAAUCUACAUCGAUCCCGUACAGAUGGUGAAGAAGGGCGAAAUACCAUGGAGUGCUGAAUUGCGUGUGGAGCCAAAGAAUUUCAAAAUCUUCUUUGUGCAUACGCCCAACCGAACAUACUAUUUGGACGAUCCCGAUGGUUACUCUCUCGAAUGGGUCGAUUCUAUUGAACGCAUGCGCAAACUCACCUACCCCGACUGCGAUACAUCAACGGCGGCGCGAACGACGGCGACGUCCUUCUCCACAACGGCGACGGGCACUUCGCCGAAAUCGUCACAUCGAACAAAUUCACCAACGUCCCUAACCAACGGCGGCAGCGGCAGCGGCAGCAGUAGUAGUGGCAAUAUGCUAUCCGCUGCAUUUGCUGCUGUCUCAAUUAGGACGACGAAAACAGCGUCGAAUUGAAUGAAACGCCAUCAGCAGCGUGACAUUAUGUAGCUACUAAUAAAGCAUGCAACUAAAAUACUACAAAUGCGUACGGCAGAAAUGCAGCAGCAGCAGCUAAAAUCAGUCAUGGGCGGCCAAGGUGAAAUUACGCUUGGCGGAAAGAGCAAGAAAAGCAAGUGAAAGAAGCUGAUAAAAACUAUACUAAAUACAUACAUACAUGCAUAGAAAACAACUAACUAACAAUCGAGGAUACGUGUAUGGCGCAGCAGCAACAACAACUACUCAGCGCAACUACGGCGGCUGAGUUUCGAGUGUGAUUGCGGAGCGCUAUAAUAAAAUAUUUAAAAUAGUUGAAAGUAAAA